AAAUGAUUGAUUUAAUUGAGUAAUAUAGAAUACAAGAUAUGAAAUAUUUAUCUGAGAUGUUUACUAAACCAAUGAGUUAAAGAUUAAUGGAAGAAUAUUAUAAAGAAAAUGAAAAAGCUAUAGAAUUAUAUUAAGAGUAGAAUCGACUAUUUGUAAAAGUAGAAGGAUUGUAAGAAAGUGGAGUUUAACCAAAAGAAAUGAUUGAAUUAUAGAUGAGAAAUGAAGAAUUAGAAAGAUAAAAUAGAGAUUUAUACACAGAAGUUUAAGAAACAUCUAAAUAAUAUAAAUAUUUAAAGGAAUAGAGUGAAUUACAAUAGGAAUGUAUAAAGAAUCUUGAGAGUGAUAAAUUAGAAUCGUAAAUAAAAAUAAAUAAACUGGAAGAUAUUUUAGAAUAGAAAAAUAAAGAUAUAAGAGAAAUAGUAGAGAGUAGAGAAAAAUUAUUAUUAGAGAUUUAAUAAUUAACAUUAGUGAGGAGUUAAUUAGAAGAGAUGAUGUUAAGAGAAAAGAUGAAGAUUUUGGAAUAGUUGAAUGAAAUAAAUGAAUUAAAUGAAAGUGUAUAGAGAUAGAAAAAGGUUUUGGAAUAGGAUUAAGAUAGAUUUAAUAAAUAAUAUAAAGACAUGUAGAAUUAAGGAAAAUUCUAAACUUUAGCUCCCUUAGCCACAGAAUAAUAAUUAGCAAAGAAUGCUUUUUUAGAUGAUAUACCUUAAAUGGUAGUAAGGAGAUUGAAUAAAUUUCAUAAUGUAGAGAUUUAUGCAAUAGCUUAAAAUUUAAAUGGUACAUUGAUAGCAACUUGUGGUGGUGAUAGAACAAUUAGAUUAUAUGAUCCAUUUAAUUUAAGUUAGGUUUCACAAUAUUAAACAUCUGGUGAUGAAGUAUUUACAAGUGUAGAAUUCUCUCCAUCUUAAGAUUGUAUAUUAGUAUCAUCAACAGAUAAUUCUUGUUAAUUAUUUUAUUUAUAAUAAUGGAAAUAAAAAAUGAGAGGAAGUGGUCAUGUAGAUUAGGUUACAUGUUCAACAUUUUUAGGAGGAGAUAAAGAUUCAUGUGUUUCUGGAUCUAAAGAUAGAUAAAUUAAAUUAUGGAAUAUUAAUAAUUAAUUUUGUACAAGAACUAUUUCUACAGGAAGUUAAGUAUUAUCAAUAAUUAGUGAACAUAAUGUACCAAUAAUCAUUUCAGGACAUAGAGAUGGAUCUAUUAGAGGUUACUCAUUAAAAAGUGAUCCUAAACCUAUAUUUUAAGAGAAAUCAUUUUUUGAUGAUUCUGUUACAUCUAUUUCCAUUUCAUAGGACAAUCAUACAUUAUUAUGUUGUUCUAAAGAAGGCUAUUAUAUUAAGUCAUAUGAUUUAAGAAUGAAUAAGUUAUUGAAAACUUAUGAACAUGAUAAAUAUAUGAAUAGUCAUGAUCAUAAUAGGAUUACAUUUGGACCAGAUGAGAAAUAUAUUAUUGCUGGAAAUUGUAAUUAAUUUCAUUUUAUAUAAUAUAGCUGAUAGCAGUCUGAUUUCUUGGAAUAUUAAUGGUAGAUUUCAUAAAUAACUAACUAAGGGUUAACAUGAAGGUGUUGUUCUAAGUGUGUCCUUUCAUCCAGUAUCUGGACAAAUGUAUUCCGCAGAUACUCGUGGAAAUUUAGUAAUUUGGAAAUGA